GGGACAGAGCAGGCUCCUCAGGCCUCCAGGAUGCCCAUCCCUGCCUCCCGGCCCCUCCCCCCUCCUCCUUGCCUGCUGCUGACUCUACUGCUGGGACUCACAGGAGCAGCAGGUGUGGAGGAGCUGCAGGUGCUUCAGCAUGAGUCAGUGACCAUAACAGCCGGAGGGAUGGCCACUCUGCACUGCACCCUGACCUCCCUGCUCCCUGUGGGGAACGUCCAGUGGUUCAGGGGGACAGGGCCACGCCGGGAGUUAAUCUACAAUUUCAAAGGAGGCCACUUCCCUCGAGUAACUAAUGUUGCAGACACAGCAAAGAGAAACAGCACGGACUAUUCCAUCCACAUCAGUAACAUCACCCCAGCAGACACUGGUAUCUACUACUGUGUGAAGUUCCAGAAAGGGAGCCCUGAUGACGUGGAGUUUAAGUCUGGACCAGGGACACAGCUCACCGUGAGUGCCAAACCCUCUCCCCCUAUGGUAUUGGGCCCCACAGCGAGGGCCAUGCCUAAGCAGAGAGUGAGCUUCACCUGUGAGACCCACAGCUUCUCCCCGAGACACAUCACCGUGAAGUGGUUCAAAAAUGAGAAUGAGCUCCCAGCCUCCCAGACGAACGUGGACCCAGAGGGAGAUGGCGUUUCCUACAGCGUCUCCAGCACAGCCAAGGUGGUGCUGACCCCGGGGGAUGUUCACUCCCAGGUCAUCUGCGAGGUGGCACACGUCACCCUGCAGGGGGGCCCUCCUCUUCGUGGGACGGCCAACUUGUCUGAGACCAUCCGAGUUCCGCCCACCUUGGAGGUUUCCCAACAGCCCACGGCAGGGAAUCUGGUGACUGUCACCUGCCAGGUGAACAAGUUCUACCCCCGGCACCUAAAGCUGACCUGGUUGGAGAAUGGAAAUGUGUCCCGAACAGAAACGGCCUCAACGCUCAUAGAGAACAAGGAUGGGACCUUUAACAGGAUGAGCUGGCUCCUGGUGAACUCAUCUGCCCACAGGGAGGAUGUGGUACUCACAUGCCAGGUGGAGCAUGACGGGCAGCCGGCGGUCACCAAACACCAUACCCUGGAGGACUCUGCCCACCAGAAGGAGCGGGACACAGGUGGAACACCUGGUGAAGAGCUGUCUACUGUCCCUCUGGUAGUCCUCGUCCUAAGCACAAAGCUGCUGCUGGCCAUCGGUGUCUCUGCCAUCUACGUCCACAGGAAGUGGAGGGCCUGACUCUCCUUCCUUCCUUCCCUGCUGUGUGCCACCUGCAAUCUCUGCUGUCUCCUUCCUUAGCUGAGGGGCCCUGCCUAAUGGAAGGAUCCUACUAGAAGCUUCCGUGACUCUGCUCCAAAAUGCCUUCCCUCCCCGGAGACCUGCCUGCUUACACACUCCUGCUGCUCCAUCUCCCAGUCCUUGAUGCCCCCAGAGCUGGGUUUGCAAACAUGGUCCUGAGGAGGGGCCAUGGGACUUAGCUCUGGGGACUGGCUCACAGCAUCUCCCCAGAAUGUGAGAAACUAUUCAAGUCUACAUCUAUCAGGAUAUCUCUCAUCCAUUGCCUUGGGACUUGGCCAUGAACUACACACUCAUGUCCAUGCAUCAGGAGUUAUUCUGUCUUCUGGAUUCCUGUCUAACCCAACUUCCCAGCCUCACUGAGUUGCUCUAUUGCCUCUUGAGUACAAAUGAACUCCCAUUCUGAUUUUCUUUUUUUUUUUCAGGAAGAUCAGCCCUGAGCUAACAUCCAUGCCAAUCCUUCUCUUUUUGCUAAGGAAGACUGGCCCUGAGCUAACAUCUAUUGCCAAUCCUCCUCCUUCUUUUUUUUUUCUCUUUUUCUCCCCAAAGCCCCAGUAGAUAGUGGUAUGUCAUAGUUGCCCAUGCUUCUAGUUGUUGUAUGUGGGACACGGCCUCAGCAUGGCUGGACAAGCGGUGCGUCGGUGGGCGCCCAAGAUCCGAACCCGGGCUGCCAGUAGCAGAGCACGGGCACUUAACUGCUAAGCCAUGGGUCUGGACUCCUCCCAUUCUGAUUUUAAGAAGAAAAAUUGUUCUCCUUCCUCUUUGCCUCAGUGUCCUACUCCUCAAACCCAGAAAGAAGCUUUUCCUAAUCUGUCUGUGAUGAAAGCACUAAUUCUACUAUCAUCUUGCAUCCUUCUUAACCCUGUUGCUCAUAGUACACAUGGCAUCAGUCCAAAAGCCGUGGAGUCAUCCUUGAUUUCUCUUUCUCUUAUAUCCUGUAUUUAAUUCUGCCUUCAAUAGGCUUAUAUCCAGAGGCGAGAUGGCAAUUGUUUGACAAUUGAUUCUCCAAAAGAAAAAAAAGCCUAAUUUGUAAUGCCUGCCAAUUUUUCUGGUGUAAACACUCCCAACGUUGCCAAUUUUAAGCUACCAACAGUUUAACAACCAGCUUCCAUAACUCCUGAAAAUGUAGCAGUCAGCUCCCCUGAGCCUGUCCAAACCUUCCCCUGCACAGCACUGAGUUAUCUCCAUAAUCUGCACACUUCUCCCCCACCACUGAUCCCUGAUCCCAGCCACCAUCAUCUCUUCCUGGGCCACUGCAGGAGUCUCUAGCUGGCUUUCUUGUUUCAACCAUAGUGGUUCCUUGGAAAUAUGAGUCAAAUUGUAUCACUCCUCUGCUUCUUCCCCCACCAUAUCCACAUGGUUUACUCUCCCCUUUCUUUCAAGUCUCUGCUCAAAUGUCACUCUAGUAAAGGCACCUUCCAUAAACCACCCUACAUAAAAUAUAAAUUCCUCUCUCACCUGGCAUUCCAAUUCCUCUUGACCUGAUUAAUUUGUUUCCUUAGUACUUAUUAUUACCUGACACACUAAAUAUAGGAAGUGCUCACUUUGCUUGGCAGUGCAGGAGUGUAAUAAUGAGUGUGCAAACUGAAACCAUGGAAAGUGAUGUCAAUAAUCAAUGAGAUUACUAAUAAUUGUGCUGUGACCUUUAAAAAUUUUUUCAAAACAUUGGAAACUGUCAGUUUUAAAUGUAGAGGAAAAAGAGAAAUAGAAAAACUAAUAUUUAUUUAGUAUACUGUCAUUUGAAGAUUAGAAACACUGAGAAGUAAAGUGUUUUAUUAUCUUUGUAAAAACUUAUCAAGAGCAGUUUGAACAGUGUUUGCCAUCUUCUUAUUGCAUAAUUUAUGAUACAGAUCAAGGAUCUUUUCUAUGCCUUGGUGAAUCAUCAUACUCGUUUCUAAGUUUGGACCAACUUCCAAUAUUUCUAUCCCUUGUGUUCUCAAUGUUGUGAAAUCUUUACAGAAUUUCCUUUAAUUUGAAGUGUUUGCUGGUGUCACUGCCUCCGAGACAUUUCCACCCUUUUCCUCACCACCACUUUCUUCAUUUAUGUGGUAAGUUUGCCGUCACUAAGUUCCUCUGUCUGACACAUGGAAUCUUUCUAACAGCAUCAGUGUCGUCAUUCCCACAGGCAGCUGUUUCUUCUAUGACUCCACUUACAUUCUAUUUGCAUUUCACUUCCAGCUUUAUCACUUUUCGUUUCUCCAUUGCACUUUCAUCUCUGUUGCCCAUUCCCUUUUGCAAUAACUCAUUUUUGUAAAAUGUGAUGUGGGUUCAUCACUGGGAGACCAGGAGACAACACGACUACAUGCUUUGCUGUCUGUGCAUAAACUGAGUAACAGAGUCACAGUGAUCAAUGGCUGCAGACUGUGAAAGAAAUCAUAUGAUUGGUUACUGAUCAUGAUGAGUAUCUGUCAGUUACAUGGUGAUUUGCGGCCUGAAGAAGAGGUAGCAGCAAAGUUUGUACUUCUGCAAUUGCUCACAGUAAAUUUACUGUGGUAAUUGGAAUUUCAACCAUGUGAUGGGGACUGAUGUUAUUUAACUGAGCCAUGGUAACUAAAAUUCAUGCAUAUCAGCACCAUGGAAAGUGAACCCUGCCUGUGUGUGUGUGUGUGUGUGUGUGUGUGUCUUCCUCAAAUAGCAUGUCAGUUCUAGCAGAGAAGGGACUAUCUGCAUCCUCAGUUGUCAGAACAGUGACUGCCAUAUAGUAGAUCAUCAUAUUUUAGAAAAAAUAAAUGAAUGACUACUUCAGUGAGGACAUUAAUUUCUACUAGAUGUUGGCUUUUGAAGUAAAGUUUCUCUUCAUUCCACCAUCUGAUUCUUGUCUUCUGAAGCCCUUUUGUUAAAGACUACUCUCUCUUCUUUGUGCUUAAAAAGUCCCAUGAAAAAUUCCACAUCAUCUUGGGGUGGGCCCGGUGGCAUAGUGGUUAAGUUCACGCUCCACUUCACCUGCCUGGGCUUCUCAGGCUCAGAUUCCUGGCACGGACCCAGGCACUGCUUCUCAAGCCAUGCUGUGGCGGCGUCCCACAUAUAAAGUAAAGGAAGAUGGGCACAGAUGUUAGCCCGGGGCCAAUCUUACUCAGCAAAAUAGGAGGAUUGGCAACAGAUGUUAGCUCAGGGCUAAUCUUCCUCAAAAAAAAAAAAAUUCUAUAGCACCUAGAAAAUAAGGAAGUACCAAAGGAAAAAUAAAACAGCUCAUUGAUUGGAGUAGGUCAAAGUGGUGCAGGAACCAACUGAAAGAGCUCCCGAAGGCCAAAUCUGGAAUAAUCUGAGCACCAAAAAAAAUUGGAUUAUGCUGUGGUCUGAAUGUUGUGUCCCCCUGAAAUUCACAUGUUAGAAUGCUAAAGUCCAAUAUGAUCAUGUUGGAAGGUGAGGCCUUUGGAAGGUGAUUAGAUCAUGAGGGCUCCAUCCUCAUCAAUGGGAUUAGUGCUCCUAUAGAAGAGACCCCACAGAGAUUCCGAGCCCCUUCCACCUUGUGAAGACACCAUGAGAAAUCUGUGAGCAGAGGAGGCCCUCACCCAUCCAUGCUGGUGCCCUGAUUUUGGACUUGCAGCCUCCAGAGCUGAGAGAAAUAAAUUUCAUUGUUUAGAGGGUUUUGUUAUAGUACCCCAGCUAAAACAACAUCUAAAUAAACUAUGGACUUUGGUUAAUAAUAAUGUGCCAAUAUAGGUUCAUUAUUUGAAAUAAAUGUACCACACUAAUAUAAGGUAUUAAUAAUAGGGGAAACUGUGUGCAGCAGUACAUGGAACUCUGUAUUAUCAUCCCAAUUUUUCUGUAAAUCUAAAAUUGCUAAAAGAAAUAAAUCUAUUAAAAAAAUUCAACCUCCCCUCA